CCCCAGUCCAGGCUCCCGACCCCCUCAUAUCCUUUCGGACAUUUUUACGGAGGUAUUCUCUCGAGGCCAUUUAGUCUCGGAUACCCUAUUACUUUUUAGCCCUAUACCAGUGCCCGGACCGUUCAGAAGUUUGCCUGCAAGGCGCAACCCCGCCGAAAAUGUCGUUGACAAAUUGCCGUUUCUACGAGGAGAAGUACCCGGAGGUGGACAGCUAUGUCAUGGUCAAUGUGAAGCAGAUUGCCGAGAUGGGCGCAUACGUUAAGCUCCUCGAAUAUGACAACAUCGACGGCAUGAUCCUGCUCUCCGAACUGUCGCGCAGACGUAUUCGUAGUAUCCAGAAGCUCAUCCGUAUCGGUCGCAACGAGGUCGUCAUCGUGCUCCGUGUGGAUAAGGAGAAGGGUUAUAUCGAUCUUUCUAAGCGUCGUGUUUCCCCCGAAGAUGUGGUCAAGUGCGAGGAGAGAUACAACAAGAGCAAGGCGGUGCACUCUAUCAUGCGUCACGUUGCCGAGGCCACCCAGACCCCUCUCGAAACCCUAUACCAGCAGAUCGCGUGGCCCCUGAACCGGAAAUACGGCCACUCUCACGAUGCGUUCAAGAUCUCCAUCACGAACCCCGACGUGUGGAACGAGGUCGAAUUCCCCGGCGAGUCCGUGAAGAAGGAGUUGACGCACUACAUCAGCAAGAGACUUACUCCUCACCCGACCAAGGUUCGUGCUGAUAUCGAGGUUACCUGCUUCGGCUACGAAGGUAUCGACGCGGUCAAGGAUGCUCUGCGUGUCGCCGAGAUCAACAACACUGCCGAGAGCCAGAUCAAGGUCAAGCUGGUUGCCCCGCCACUUUACGUCCUGACUAGCCAGUGCUUGGACAAGGCUAUCGGUAUUCAGAUGCUCGAGGAGGCUAUCCAAAGGAUCGAGGUCAAGAUCAAGGAGUCCGGUGGUGGCUGCAUUGUCAAGAUGGCGCCCAAGGCCGUUACCGAGCACGACGAUGCUGCUCUCCAGGAACUCAUGGAGAAGCGCGAGCGUGAGAACAUGGAGGUUAGCGGUGAUGAGAGCAUGUCCGAGAGUGAUGAGGGCGGCGUUCCUGAGUAAGCUACUCAUGGCCAACUUGAAGACAGCAUCUGAGGCUGUGGACUCGCCUCGAUGAGAGCUUGGAAAACAACAGGACGUUGAACGAAUUGGAGUUAGGCGGUAUCGCGGAGUGAGGAUUGAGGGCGAUCAUGUACGUGUGUCGGAUGGGAAGCGGAAAAGUUCAAUAGAGUUUUUGGACGUGACACGACUUAUGAGAUGGAAGUACGGUUCAAUGUGCGACGGGGCGAGAUCGAGAUCAUCGGCAAGGUGGAAGGCGAUGAGGGAAGCCUUGUCUUGAUGAGGAAUACCUACCUCACGAGGCGAUGAUGCUAUUAAUUAUCGUCAUUUAUUGUUGAUCAGUGGAUGUUGAUUGAACCCCUGUUGAUGACUGGGCUCCGGCCCACAGGAGCUGCCCCAUGUUCUGAUGUACAUAAGCUUCUUUGAUCUACGAUUCAACGCCAGUGGCCAUUCUAUACGCUG